GUUCGGAUUGAGGUCGACGGAGGUGGCGGUGCUGCUGGUGGCGCCACAGGCGGUGCCGCAGGGGGUGCUGGAGGUGCUGGUGAGGGAGUGGCCGCGCCCUUGGAUCAAGGUGCGGCCCAGCCUGGUGCGGCGGCCACCACAGCGCACAGCGACGAAGAGGAGGAGCCGGAUCUGGCGCUGAUUAACUUGGAUGUCUUUGGUGUCGAGCCGCCAGUGCAGCAGCGUGCGCCACGGGGUCGGCAGCGGGCGUCUGGUCUGGAUGACGACCUCAGAGCCCGUGGUGGCAGGAAGAAGCAGCGGACCGGGGCUGCUAAGGUGGCGAAGAGCGGUC